AUGUUAUCACGUUUCAGUGCUCGUUUUGAAGAAUUAAACAAUCAUUUAUUUCUUAUUGCUGGUCAAGAAUAUUAUCUGCAGUUAACGAAUAUUGAACAACGACGUCAAUUUGAACAAGCAUUCAUAAAUGAAUCGAAUCCAAAAAAAGCAUUCACUGAAAUCAAUCUUUCAAACAAUCAAAUCAGCAGCAAAGGAAUAAAAUGUCUUGUUGAUAUAUUACAAAACGCCAAAGAAUUAUCUGUAUUACUUCUUGGCAAUAAUCGAAUUGGACUUAAUGGUACUCAGUAUCUGUCUCAUGCAUUGGAAAAAAAUCAGACACUUACUAUACUUGGUCUACAGUCAAAUCAAAUUGGUGAUAAAGGAAUAAAACAUAUUGUUACUAUAAUGAACACAACUAUACCUCUAGAAGAAUUAUAUUUACAACAAAACCUUAUUGGUAAUAAGGGAAUUAAAGAUUUAGCCGAUAACUUGAAGGAAAAUACAAUACUGACUACUCUGAAUCUUUCUUGGAAUAGAAUUGGAGAUGAAGGAGCAGAACAUAUCGCUAAUGCAUUGCGAGAAAACAAGACACUUGUUACACUGGAUCUUCAACAAAACUACAUCGGUUGUUUAGGUGCAAGUCAUAUCGCUGAUGCAUUAAGAAUUAAUACGACACUAACUACACUUUCUCUUCAACAAAAUCAUAUCGGACCUAAAGGUGCAAAAUAUUUGGCUGAUGCUUUGCAUGACAACACGACAUUAACCAUCUUAUCUCUUUCGGGUAACCGAUUCGGAUCUAAAGGUGUACGCGAUCUUACUAACACACUCGAUGCAAAUACAUCAUUGACGAACGUUCUUGUGAAUGGUGCGAAUCUUUGCUGGAAACGGCAAACAUCUAAUAUAAAUGUCAAUUGA